GAGGGAGGGCAGAAGGGAGGGCACGAAGGAGGGAGAAAGGAAACCGGGCAGGUGACAGCGCGCUGGGUUGCUCCGGCUCGGCGGGCGCGGAGCGGGCGGCAGGAGCGCGGCGGCCAUGCACGUCAAUGGGAAGGUGGCUCUGGUCACCGGCGGGGCGCAGGGCAUCGGCCGGGCUUUCGUCCAGGCGCUGCUGGGCAAGGGCGCCAAGGUAGCCCUGCUGGACCGCAACUCCGAGGCCGGACAGGAGAGCAAGGCGGCCCUGGACGAGCAGUUCGAAGCGCAGAGGACGCUGUUCAUCCAGUGCGACGUGAUGGACCAGGAGCAGCUGAAAGGUGCUUUCAAAAAAGUAAUUGAACAUUUCGGAAGGCUGGACAUUGUGGUUAAUAAUGCUGGAGUGAACAAUGAGAAGGACUGGGAAAGCACUAUACAAAUUAACUUGACAUCUGUGAUCAGAGGAACCUACCUUGGCAUAGAAUACAUGAAAAAAGGAAAUGGAGGUGAUGGAGGAGUAAUCAUUAAUAUCUCAUCCUUGGCAGGACUCAUGCCUGCUGCAUUCCAGCCUGUGUACUGUGCUACAAAGCACGGUGUCAUUGGAUUCACACGUUCCAUAGCAUUAGCUGCUAACAUGGACAACUACGGUGUGAGACUGAACACAAUUUGUCCAGGAUUUGUCAACACACCAAUUCUUCAGUCGAUAGAUAAAGAAGAGAAUAUGGGACAAUACUAUUCAUACAAGGAUGAGAUAAAAAAUAUGAUGCAGUUCUAUGGUGUGAUGGACCCAUCAAUAAUUGCUGAGGGAUUGAUAACAAUAAUUGAAGAUGAUACUCUAAAUGGAGAAGUUAUGAAGAUCACAGCAUCCCAAGGAAUUCAUUUUCACCAAUAUGGCCAAACACCUUUUACAUCAUCAAAAAGAUAAAGAAUUGUUUUGGGUUAACUUCUUUUGGCUUUUUUUAAACAGAAAAAAAAAUUUGAAAAGAGUAAUUUUGGAGGAAAAAAAUUAGUGUUUUUUGCAGAUCAUUGACAGUGUUCAAACCUUUACAUCCUAAUAACAAAGAGAUAGAUGAGAAAAUCUGUUGUGGGAAGAUGUUACCACACUAUUCUGAUUCUAUAAGCACUAGAAACAGUAUUUAUUUAGUAGAAUAAACAUACUGUUCUGAGUCUUUUUAUAUUAUUGUUUAGUAGUAGGGGCCACUUUUUUUUCAUUCUGGUUGUUUUGAUCUACAUACUCCAAGCAUAGUUUAGUUGAUCUGACUUACUUUGCUAUAAUUCUUUUCACUGUUGUGCCUACUUAUUUGCAUCUUGAAUUCUUCAGACCAGGAAUUCAGUUCAGGAAUCUAGAUCACAAAUGUAGCCAUAAGGAGUAAAGAAUUAACUUUCUCUUAUGAAAGGUUAAAUAUGUGCAACUUAAUAUGUUGUAUAUCAUGUAAGG